AUGGCCACCAUCUCGGCAGCAUCUCCAACACCUAUAGGCGCAAGCUACCUCGACCCACCAGGACGCCCGAGAUCGCGACAGAACCUCAGCAACCAGCCCUCGAGGCCGAACCUGAAGCGCAAUGCGCCAUUGUUCCACAAGUCAGACGUCAAUGUAUCUGCUUUGCCCCAGGCAUGGAAGUUUUCCAUCGGAGACAGUUCGGAUGAUGAAGUGCCUGUGGCUCCAAUGAAAUUUAGUGCAGAAGCUAAGGCUUUGCUUGGAGAAGAAGCAUCAGUUUUAGGGGGAUCUUCACCGUCACAAAAGAAUGACAUUCACAUUGGAGACGCAUUACAAGAGAGGGUCAAUGCAGUAAGACGAAGAAGUCCAGUUCCGCUGGGAGCGAUCCGCCUCAGAGAACGCACCGCAUCCCCCGCCUCCUCACGAUCUGGAAGUCCGCGCAUUGUUCGAUUGAAUUUGGGCACCGCGGCACCUUCAACGCUACGGAAGGCGACAGCGGUGGACAACUCUACGGAACAAGCGCAGCACCAUCGCGACCUCAUUACACCUGCUCCUCGAACCCGAGGUCAAAAAAACCCUCCAGUGGCGGGAUCUGGUAAUUUACAUUCGGAUGCACGUGAAUCAAGCACUGCGAAACCUUGGUCAGCCGGGUCCGAAGCUCAAGCCGAGCCUACGUCGAACUCCAGAGAGCACUCUAGUAUCCACGAAACAGCUUUGCAAAUGAGCAAUCUCUCCAUGAACAGAACAAAGGGUGAAGAGACCGGGGUACAAGGAUCCAUGCGAAUCAAGAGGGUGGGCAAAGUGACUGGUCGAUACCUAAGUGGUCCAGCAAGGAGGGGCAUGAAAAGGAGGCAGAGUGAUGAAGACCAGAGCCCAAUACACGAGGAUGCUCUCUCGUCAGGCGGUGGGCAAUUACUCUCUUCUGGUGAAAGUAGAGACUCUCCCUUACUGCAAGUCGCCGAUACAUCAUCCAGGGGCAUUGACAGGCCUAUCAGCCGACCAAAGUCGCCUCAACACGAACGACCGCCUCACGUACGGUUUCAAAGCCAGGCUGAUAUUAUCACCGGCAGUCCCAUGCCAGGAAAUCAGGAGCUACCCAAAGCACUGAUUGAUACAAUUGAAAGCAGGCCAAGGCCGGCCCCACUGUCUAACAAGGAAGGAUCAUCAGGGAAACGUGUCCAGCCUAUAUUCAAAGUACCACCAUUACCCCCGUUACCAUCACGCUUUGAUCAGGAAAAUGAACCUCCACCAACCUUCAAGCGAAACAAGCCCAGUGGUUCCGCUCUGUCUGAGAAACAGAAGUUCAGUGUCAUGUCUGACGAAAAGAUGCUCAUUCAAACGCCAGCGAUGUUAUCACCACAAAGGCCGGCUCUCGCGGUCCGAAGUCAGAACACACCGCAUCGGCCAGCUCCACCGCCACCAAAGAUGACGAUGCUGGAGACUGCAACGGCGAACGCUGGUGCGGCCUCAGCAAGUCAGGCAAAAAAGAAGCGAAAUUACAUCUCCGUUAAUGGCAAACUCUUCACUCGCAUGGAUUGCAUUGGCCGGGGAGGCAGCUCCAAGGUUUACCGUGUAAUGGCUGAGAACUACAAGGUCUUUGCUUUAAAGAGGGUCACUCUUGAAGACCAAGACGAGUUAGCCAUUCGGGGGUACAAAGGCGAGAUCGAUCUACUGAAAAAAUUAGAGAAGGUGGAUCGGGUAGUCACGCUCCUUGAUUGGGAGAUCAAUGAAGAGAGACACACUCUCAGCGUCCUGAUGGAGAUGGGCGAAAGUGAUCUGAAUAGAGUGCUCACACUUCGGCUCAACUCUGAAGACGCCACAUUUGACGUGACAUUUACCCGCUAUUUCUGGAAGGAGAUGCUUGAAUGCGUGCAGGCCGUGCACCAGUACGAUAUCGUCCAUUCAGAUCUCAAGCCGGCGAACUUCCUUCUCCUGCAGGGCAAGUUGAAGCUGAUCGAUUUUGGAAUUUCCAAUGCCAUAGCAGACGAUACUGUUAAUGUACACCGCGAGCAGCAUAUCGGUACACCUAAUUACAUGUCUCCAGAAGCUUUAGUCGACUCAAAUGCUGGCAGCGGACAGCCUUCUAUCAUGGGCAAGGUCAUGAAGUUAGGGAAACCGAGCGAUGUAUGGAGCUUGGGAUGUAUUCUGUACCAAAUGACCUACGGCAAGCCUCCCUUUGCGCACAUCUCGGAUCAGUAUCGGAAAAUAAUGGCCAUACCGAAUCCCAACCAUGUCAUCAGCUUUCCCAACAUUGGCAUUGGAGGCGUCACGGUUCCUAGUGGCCUAAUCAGGACACUCAGAGGGUGUCUGAGCCGUAACCCGAUGCAGAGACCGACAAUUGAGCAGCUCCUGACAUACGGUGACCCUUUUUUGUAUCCAGACGCCGCCGCCAAGGAUACGGUUCCAGUCAGUCAGGAACUGAUCGCAAGACUGCAGCACAAUAUCAUCAAGCACGUUCGAGAGAAAGGCAUGCCUAGUGACGCGGAGUUGUCUACCUGGCCGGCAAAAUUCUUCGCCUCCAUCAAAGCGGCAGUUGAGGAGGGAAGGGCUUGA